GUCAUUGUUGGGGAAUUUUCAAGAUGGCGCUGGACUGUGGCCGGGAUGCCGCUGCUGCUGCGACUAGCUAACAGUUGGCGGAUUUAAUUAAUCUUCUGCCCGGUGGCGACGCAAGAAAGCGGCCGUGAAGCGUUCCUUUGUCUGCAUUAAACACCUGAGACGGAAAUGUUGCGCUGGGUGUGUGUCAGGUAGCCUUAAACCGGCUCUGAAAAUGCAGGUAGCCCCUUCCUCCAAGAACAACCAAACCUGCUGCUGCGGAGCUCGGCCCACCGGGCAGGGGGACUCGUUGCAGGAAUUUACGCCCGCGGCAGAGACUCGCUUGGCGGACUGAGAAGUCAUGGAGACGGUGAGGGAGAACGGAGGGUCGUUCGGAGUCGACUUGAACGAGAACGAAGAGGGAGAAAGAGGUGGCGGAGCGGGGAAAUCUGCACUCAGAGACCGCAGCAUCGCGCUGCUAGCCGGGGUCAGCGCGGUGCACGACGCUGGGAAGGCUUUCACCGGCCUCGGCAGGGAUGUAAACACUGACGCCUCCUUGAAAGGGGAGAUAAUGCUGGAGAGGCUGUUCCCCGGCCCGGUUUCCGGGGUCUGCGGGGACCACAGCGGCCUGAACGGGUUCACUGAGGAGGAGCUGCCGGUGGUCGAGUUGGAAGUAGGAGGAGGGGGGCUUGGCCUUGAGGGCACCACAGCUGCUUCCUGUCCAGCUGUGCUCACAGUGGAGAAGAUGCGGGGGGACAGCAAAGGAGAAGCCCGGGAUUCAGACUGUGUUAGCCCGGGGGGAGAGGCCACAGGAGGCGGGUGUAUCAGGACUUCUUUGCCCGGCCAUGAGCUGGCAUGCGCGGUGAGGGAGCACCGGCGGAACUGCGCCUGCACCGCGGGGGUAAACAUGCCCAACGGGGCUGCUGACAGCUGUGAGGGGGAGGCAGGGUUAUUUCCCACCCAGCAGCUUCGCGUUUGCGACUGUGAAGACGUGAAAGUGGCCAACGGGGGUUUCCACACACGUGACCAGGACCUGGACUCGGGCUGCUCACCUGAAAACACCCCUGAAUGUCAGUUGAAGUCGGAGUCUAGGCAUGAUAAGAGGUUGGGGUCCCCUGGAUUAAGUGCCAAACCCCCCUCUCCCUGUCCUUCAUCCAGUGGCAGCCCGCUCUCUGAGCGCAACACCAGGGAUGAAGAGGAGGAGGAGGAUGAGGAGGGGGGUUUCAGCGACCCCAGCUCACCUCCCGUCAGGCCGCAGAGUCUGAGGACUAACCCCAACGUAGCCGUGUCCCUCAGCUGUGACGCCACCCCGCUGUCCCCAGAGGAUGAGGAGGAUGGGGGCUUUUAUUUUGAAGGGUACGACGAAGACCUGAGGGGUGUUUUGGAGGCGGGUCGCCGGCAGAGCGCCCCGGACACGCUGCCGGACCUGACCCAGGACAGCUCGGACCCCAAGCAGAUGCCAAAGAGGUUCGGCAUCGCAGAUUUCUUCACCAGGAGCCUGUUUUCUAGGAAACCCAAAGAGCCCAAAGCGACGUCCCACAGCUCAGCAGGGUGGCGACUGUUUGGCAAGACAGCAGCCAGAGAAGGCGAUACGAGCAAAGACCUCGCCUCCACGCCGACCGCGGAGCAGUCUCCUCAGCAGGAGCCGAUGAAGGACUCCAGCGUGCCCUCGUGUCCUCAGCGCGCCCAGCCUGCAGGGAAGAGAAGGAACCUGGAGUUUGAGCCUCUUUCCACCACGGCUCUCAUCUUGGAGGACCGCCCAUCGAACCUGCCGGCCAAAUCUACAGAGGAAACUCAGAGACACAAGCUGGAGUACGAGGAGAUGGUGGCAGGAGCCAAGAGGAGAGAGCUGAAAGAAGCCCAGAGGAAGAAGCGUCAGAUGAAGGAGAGACACCGGCAGGAGGACAGCAUCUCCAACGCCAUGGUCACCUGGAACACUGAGAUCCUGCCUCACUGGGACUCCAUGAAGGGAACGAGGCGGGUCAGAGAGCUGUGGUGGCAGGGCCUUCCCCCCAGCGUCAGAGGAAGAGUUUGGAGCCUCGCUAUCGGCAACGAGCUGAACAUCACACCAGAGCUCUAUGAGAUCUUCCUCUCCAGAGCCAAAGAGAAGUGGAGGAGUUACAGCGAGACCAGCUCGGUGAACGACAGCGAGAGCGAUGGAGGAGCAUCUCUGGCUGACAGAGAGUCCAGCCUGGAUCUCAUCAAACUAGACAUCUCCAGAACCUUCCCCUCACUCUUCAUCUUCCAGAAGGGCGGUCCGUACCACGACCUCCUCCACAGCGUGCUGGGCGCCUACACCUGUUACAGGCCUGACAUUGGCUACGUGCAGGGCAUGUCCUUCAUCGCUGCUGUGCUCAUCCUCAACCUGGAGGAGGCCGAGGCCUUCAUCACCUUUGCCAACCUGCUCAAUAAACCCUGUCAGAUGGCCUUCUUCAGAGUCGACCACGAACUGAUGUUGAAGUAUUUUGCAGCCUUUGAGAUUUUCUUCGAGGAGAAUCUUCCUCGUCUCUUCAGCCACUUCCAGACCAACAGCCUGACCCCUGACCUCUAUCUGAUUGACUGGAUCUUCACUCUGUACAGUAAGUCACUCCCUCUGGACGUGGCGUGCCGGGUUUGGGACGUCUUUUGCCGGGACGGCGAGGAGAGCUUAUUCCGGACGGGUCUGGGCAUCCUGCGUCUGUACGAGGACGUCCUGCUGCAGAUGGACUUCAUCCACAUCGCGCAGUUCCUCACGCGCCUGCCGGAGGACCUGCAGUCUCACACGCUCUUCAACGCCAUGGCCAGCACGCACAUGAUCAGCAGGAACCGCCGCUGGGCUCAGGUGUUUUCUGCCUUGAUGAAGGAUGGAAAUAAAGAGGCGGAUAAAAACACGAGUCCAGCUUUGAGAAGCUAACUCCGACGCUAACUCCAGCUGUAUUCAAACUAACGUCUGGCUUCGGGGGUGUCGGAGUUCAUGCUAGCUCCCCCUGCCGCCGCUGACGCCAACCACAGAGGCAAGUUGUGUAUCUUGAAGCUGCGUAACCUGAAAUUAAACUCAGUCCGGGCCUCAGCUACGAAGCUUGAAGUGAAGACGAGGCAUCCGUGGAGGUGGGGGCGGAGCCGCUGACCAGUCCUGGGCAGCUCCGGCGAUUCCUGAAACCUCUGCUGGGACCAGAAGCGGUUGGUUAAUCCUGAUCUUCAGCUGCCAGUCAGUAUUUCUCACAGAUUGUGUUCCACAGCUGGGGAGUAACAGACGGCUGGGAAGAAAACCUAAAAGCAGCUCGACUCGGCCAUCUUUGGCUCCUCCAGGUCGGGACAGCGCCAACACCGAGCAUCACGCCCUGUGUAAUUCUCCAAGACUCUAAAUCUAACUGUAGGUGCUAAUGAGUUUCUCAAGGCUUCAGAAAUGACCUCUGUGGUUCACUUAUUAAUGUGGGUCCUUGUGGUUCGAGUUCACAAACACUCUUUUACUUUGCUGCUUUUUGUUGUAACAUUAGCUUCAAGAAUGACGGCAGUCUGCACUACUUUAAUCUGCAAGCAAAACAAACUCCCAACACGGGAGAUUUGGGUGGAAGUAAAACUAAACUGUUGUAGUUUACUCGCUGCUUCUCUGUCACCACUGUUUUGGUGGGAGCUGCCCAGUUUGGGAGAUAUCUGCUGCCUUCUCAGGAACUAAAAUCAAAAAUCAGUUCCAACAACACAAAACACAUUUUUAAGCAUAAUUCUGUCUUUCUGGGAAUCAUGACCACCUUCCUUAAAAAAGGAUUUAUGUACACAAACCUCACUGUGAGCUCAUGUCGGUCCGUUAGCUUAGCGCCCUGCUGAACAAGAGACAGAAGUAAUUUUACCAGAACCAAUCAGCAAACAUCCUACAGGUGACAUCACCUGCCCACAGUCCCAAGUCAACUGGCCAACGAUGUGGUUUAAUGUUGCUGCGCUUCAUUAAAGUCAGUCUAAUGUGUUUUAUUAGCGCCUGUAGAUGUUACCUAGCAACCACCACUAGAGUGCAGUGUGUGACUGGAAGCUGUAACCGUCUGUCGAACUCGUCCACUGGUCUAAAAGACGUCCCCACACACAAGGUUUGUGGAUUUUUGUGAUAAAGUCGGUCAUGAUUAUUGGAAAAAGACUUUUCUGAUGCGUUUUUAAUCAAUGCUUUGAGCAUCAUUUACAAUCCCUCGAAGUAAGCUGGGGGAAGCUCAGGAACCCGCGGCUCUCUCAGGCCAGAGGAUUUAUGUAAUGUGUCCUGAGAGUUCUAGAUCUAACCCAGGGCCUCCUCCCAGUCACGUGUACCCAAAAAACAUACAAAAGGAGGUGACUGAUAGUCCUGAUCACAUGCCCAGAGCUCCUGGGACUGAGAGCUUACGUCACUUGUGCUCCGUGUUCCCGUCACUUGUGCACAAGAUCCUGAACGUCCUCAUUUGGUGGAGGAAGCAACAGCCUGCUGUUUUCUGGCUCAUUCAUCUGAGUCGUGUUCAAGAGAAGGCAGCCAAUAUCUGUGAAAUUAGAGCGCUCACACCACAGAACAGCCACUCUAAGGAAACCAGGGCUGAACUUUAAGGACGAGCAGAGGAUGAAAGUGAAGCUUUUCAAACCAUUACAAAGGAUUCAGUUAAUGAAAGAGUAUUACGUGUUUUCUUUUACAUUAAGAUAAUGAUUCCACUUAAGUGUUUAAUACUUCUAAAUGUAUUGUAAAGGUGGGAAUAUUAGUGAUACUUACUGCUGGUGUUUAAGCAAGAAUUUAAAAGGACAUUCGUGUCAGUAUUUGACGUUAUUUGGUUUAAAAUAUCCACAAAAACCUUUUAGGUGGAACGUAAAUGUUUGUGCUGACAAGUGGGGUUUUAAAACCAGCGUUUCCCAGAUUUCCAUUCAGAGCACUUUAUCGCGCAGCAUUUAAGCCCCACAGUGAGGCCUCCAGGUUUAUGGCUGCAGCUUUUAGCUUUUAGUAGUUUGGGCUUGAAAAAUGACACUUUUAUAGGCUUUGCAUCAGAUUAUUUCUUGUUUGGUUAUUAAAAAUCAGCUAAAAUAAUUGACUGAAGUUAACAGAAUAAACUGCUUCAUCUCUGCAGCAUGUAUGCAAGCAACGUGUUUGAACCCGGAGGCCUAAAACCGACACCGAAUUUUUGCUGUUCACUCCCAGAAGAUUGUUAAAAACAUGUUAUUUCCUUUUGAAGCAAACAUCCUCCAAGUCGCCAUCUUCUCAAAUUUGCAUUUUUCUUUGUCAUCUCUUGUUUUGGAUGAAUUAGAUUGUACGUUCUGAUUUUCUGUGGAUCAACCGUUUGGUCUACAGAGAUGCCAGAGGGAAAACAAAAACUUGCUUCCAGCCGCUCGAGACUGAAAACUCUCUGCCGACUUUAAGACUGUUUGAAGCUGCUCGCACCAACACUCCAACGGGAUAAUUAAAGCAAUUUUUAUUUAUUUUUUCUUAUAUUACUCGUUUUCUUUAAAAAACAAAAGUCUGUUAAAAAAAAAUAGUUUCUGCUGCUUUAGCCUGUCUACGGGCAACUGCAAGCCACUUUGCAACCCACCGUCACCACCUUUGCUCCAUCUCCUCCAUGUCGUUCCCAGAGCAAACAAGCAUAACACAACAGCGUCGUCCUGAAAUAACUGAAAAAGGAGUUUCUGGUAUUUUUAGUGAAAAAUGAUUGUUUUUGGACAUUAAUUACUUUAUAUACCCAGAAGGUUAACACUAAUCUGAGGAUGCAGAUGUGACCAACACUCUGAACAAAGCUUCGCACUCACAGCCGUCACUAAAAACACAACAGCGCUACAAUAACGAGCAGAUCAGCAGCGUUUCUACAAGUUUCUGUACUCUUUGUCGCUCCUUGAGCUCGUGGAAACACUUUUGAUUUCCACUCACUACAUCAGCCUGAUGUGUUUGUGCAGCCAGAUGAUGGGACCUCCUGUGAGACGGGCAAUGAUGGAAAUAUGUGCCAUAAAAAUAAAAUCAAGAUAUAAAAUAUGUUUCAAAAAUAUAGCGGACCACAGAGUGAGUUCUCCUAUUUGUAGUGCUGUCAGAUCUUAUAAUUCAUGGAUGGUGUCGACUGGAUGUCAGACUAAUAUGAUAACAGAUGAAUUUUAAUCAGUUACUGAUCUAUAAACUAUUUUUUGUAUCAGGCGGUAAACAUUUGUUUCUGCUGUGAUGUUGCCCCUAGUGGGCCUUAGAGGAAGUGCAGCAAGAAAAUGAAGCUUUGUUUUUGUAAAGAGCUCGCUCUAUAGUCCUCUGCACAGAACGAUAAACGGGCUGUGUUGUGUUGUGCUGAAUGAUUUAGGGCUCAAAAUAAAUACAACACUCACUUUCAUUCCCCACACCGACCUCGCCAUGACCAUCGAACUACCGACAAGCACUACUGAGGAAAAGUCUCCACUCAGCCUCCAGCAAAUGCACAGGCCGCCACGCUUUCUAUUGAAAGCUGAACACCCACCAGACAUGACGAGGAUCCCUGGAUGAGGGGGGAGGAAAUAGGUCAUGUCCACUACAGCCACCAGCCAAUCAGUAUUUCUGAGGUGGUAAAGAUGGAGAUCGUUUCCAAACUUCAGGGUUGCUUCUUCUUCUCUGGUGACUUUGUCAGCGUCACAUCUGUGUAACACCUGAAUGCGCCACAGACAGUUAUGAUCAGUGUUCAUAGGGUUUAAAAUUAUGUUUAAAAAGUUAAAAAUGCAAUUAGUUUUUCCUUCAGGAAAACUACAGAAUGUCCCUUUAAAAUGUCCGUUACCUUCCACCGAGCCUUACAACCCAGGAAGUGUCACCGCCUUUCAAAAUAAAACUCGACCAAAGUGUUAACGAAGCGCUUCAUUAAACAAGGCUGGAAACAGAGUCAUGAUUUAUUAUUUUUAAACGCACGAUCAUCCAGCAUUUAGUUGUUUUUUUUUUUACGGUGAAGCAAAGCAAAGCACCCAAAAGGUAAAACAUUCAUUUGUAGUUGUUACUGUUACUGUUAUUAUUCGUCUGCACUGCGGGCUUGUGCUCAAAAAUAUUUUGGACCAUUAUAAAUCGUCAGACUAUGCAGAAGACGUAACACCUGGUUAAUGUGUGUUUAAAUUUUAAUCUGGAACUUUAUUUAUAGCAGGUCUGUCCAGAAUUCAUCAUCAUUUCCAGCAGAUUUACUGAAAAUCACAAAUUACAAAAUUACAUUUCCAGCAAUUAUUUUUCUCAAUGUUCUCCGAUUAGUUCUUGACAAACGGUCCAAAAUACUUUUGAUGUUUUUGUUUUAUUUAUUUUCUUUUUAACAAACGAAGAACACAUUAAAAACUCCAGUUUUCUGAUUUUUUUUUUAAAUAAAGGCACUUUUUGAAGACAAACUUGUUUUUUCUACACUUUAAACACACUUGGUAACAAAGCUGCACUCAAGGCCUGUUAAUUAAUUCCUCUCAUUUGAGAUUCAGUGAUGAGUAUUUGUUUUGUUUUGUUUUUGUUUUUACAGUUUUUAUCUUGUAAAUUUACAACUUUAAUGUUCAAACUAAAUCAGCAUUCGCCCAGCCCCUCGAUUCUUUUGGUUCUUUUAAAAAUGAAACCACAUUUUAAACAUUUUUAUUAAUGUCUUUUGUCUGCUUUUGCAAUUUUCUCCAAAAUUUCCCAUAAUCCCCCCCCCCCCCGGCUUUACGGCCAUGUAAGUGUUUAUACAUCAUGUAACAUCUCCGUAUGAUUAUUCUGACAGCAGAGUUAUCCUGGAUCUGAAUCCAACCUCAUUCAGUUUUUCGGGCUCGAUAGAAACUUCUGCUCAUUUUUAACUUGACACAAAACAAAUGUGUGAAAACAAAUCAGACAAAAAAUGUAUUCAUGGAUUUAGUUUUGAUUUAAAUAAAGGAAGUUAUCAAUCAAAUAUGCAAGUGAAAAGUUAAAUAUUCAGAGCUUUGAACUGAAUGAAACAAAAUUGCAAUACAGAUGUUGUUUGUGCAGUUUCAUUACCCAUAAUCCUCAGCAGGUUGAUUACAUCACAUCACUCCAGAUUACUAACAAACGUUCAGAUGAGACUCGAUAAUGUCCCCUCUGACUCUUCAGCUUAUUCCUUUUUUUGAACUUGUUUUAUACUUUCAUGUAAAUCCAUUCAGCUUCUCUUUUUCUGUGUUUUAUUGUCAGAUUUUAAUAUUUUAAUGUACAGUUUUCUUUUGUUCCAUAAUGCCUUACAGGUGCUGUAAAUACACUGUAAAAAAUAAAUCUUUUCAUAUAAUGGCCACUAGUUAAAUGUGUAAAUAAAUAUCUCAGCAAA